AAGUAAACAAAUGUUUUAAAUUUCAAUGAAAAUAGUCAAACAUUUCGAUUCAUUUGAUGUAACUCAUUGUCUUUACCGCAUACAAUUCAACAAUUUUAUAAUUAGAAAAAUUAUCCGGACAAAAUUCUCGUUCUGGUGCAGUACUUUAUGCAUCUUCAGUUCAUAAAUUGUUUUUGUUAAUAAAAAUGUUGCUAAGCUAAACUAAUGACGUGUUAAUUGAAACUUAGAACCAGUUAAUAAAUUAAACGAAGCAAAAGUAAACAAACCGCCGUACAGUGUGUAUAAUUUAAGACGGUUGGAUUCGCGUUAACGUGUAACAUGGCGGUCCAAUCACCCAUUGCCAUUAGUACACGUGAAGCAAAUUAUAAGGACGAUGUUGAACCACUAGAAUAUCAUGGACAUUGGGAGGCGGUCGGCACUGCUCGCAUCGAAAAUACGGGCACAUCGGCUAUGAUAACAUUUCCACGGCGACCACAUCAUCCAUACAUAAUGGGCGGCCCGUUGAAGGAGCGCUACAUAUUCGAACAAUUACAUUUUCACUGGGCGGAUACGGACCAAUCGGGUUGUGAGCAUACAUUAGAGGGAAAUAAGUACUCGAUGGAAGCGCAUGCUGUACACUAUAAUUCUAAGUAUAGUAGUUUUACGGAAGCGGCUGACAAACCUGACGGACUCGCGGUAACGGCAUUUUUUAUUCAAGCUUGUGGUGACAAAGACUGUCCGGAAUUUAAGAAAACCACCGAAGGCAUACGAAAUGUUCAAGUACCAUUCACGCAAGCGGCGUUAGACUCCGAUUGCCUUUCGUGGAUCGGAUUGCAGGAAUUGAGCAAACAUUACUACACUUAUAAGGGAUCACUUACCACUGCGCCUUACUUUGAAAGUGUUACUUGGAUCAUUUAUCGAACGCCAAUUUAUGUAUCGAAGCAACAGAUUGCGGUAUUUAGGAGCUUGGGAUCCUGUCCCAAAGACGAUAGUAAGCGGAUCGUGAACAAUUAUCGCCCGAUCCAGAAACCUGUACAGGAGCCAAAGAUUAUAUUCGCCCGUAAUGUUGCCAAAUUGAAAUCCAAAUUAUAGCAUUCCACGCGGUGCGUGAUGUUGUAGAGAACUUCGUUUUUUACCAACAACUUUUUUUUUUCUUGUGGUGAUAUAGGAUAAAGCUUAGAAUGUAAAAUAGUCAACAACAACAAAAAAACAUGCUUUUAAUUUGGGGUUUCAGCGCAGACACAAAAAAAAUUAUUUGAUGAAAGAAAAUCGAUUUUUCAAUUUGAUUUAACGAGGCUAGUAUCGAUCAAAGUGUUUCCUAAUCAAAUCCAAAAAAAACGGAAUGUUUAACGAAUCAAUGCCAUUCCACCGACGCAAUAAUGUCGACAGUGCUCGUUCCUUUUCAAUUUUUUUUAGUCAUCUUUUGGUUGACAGUGCAUUCGCCGCGUGAAGUAAAUACACCGAAUUUUGUAAAAAGUAAAAUAAACUAAAAGUG